ACACGGUCCACUCCACAAAAUGGGAGAUCUACGUAAAUCCUCAAUGAGGUUCUUCUCUGACCAAAAUCUUUGCUAUGCCGAUAUCCUCCCUCCUUCCGAGAUUCGAGCUAGAAUCGAAGUGGCGGUGCUCAAUUUCCUCAGGAUUUUGGCCUCUCCUACUCCUGCGAUUUCCGAUCUCCCUCUGAUCAAUAGAAGGUCGAGCAAUAGUCGAGCGAGCAAAGGACUGUUGACUCAAGUGUCAUGUGUUUUUCUCUCUCACUCCUUCUGCACGAGGUCUUUAAUGAGAGCUAAUACCGCUAAAGCCUUUAUUCGUGUGUGGAAGGUGAUGGAGAUGUGCUUUGGGGUUCUGGUACAAGAAAAACGCGUCACGCAGAGGGAGCUCUUCUACAAGUUGCUUUGUGAUUCUCCGGAUUACUUUACUUCUCAAUUGCAGGUUAACAGGACGAUCCAAGAUGUUGUAGCAUUGCUUCAGUGUAGUCGAUACAGUCUUGGAAUCAUGGCAUCUAGUCGAGGACUUGUUGCUGGGCGCCUGUUGCUGCAGGAGCCAAACCAAGAGGUUGUGGAUUGUUCCGAGUGUGGAUUGUCUGGGCAUGCUAUAUCUGGUGACCUGAAUAGGUUAGAGACUUUGAUUUUGAAUACGGAUGCACGGUACAUCAUUGUAGUGGAAAAGCAUGCAAUAUUCCAACGGCUGGCCGAGGACCGUGUGUUCAAUCAAAUUCCAAGCAUUCUUAUCACAGCCAAAGGGUAUCCCGAUAUUGCCACAAGGUUUCUUCUUCACCGACUGGCCCGUGCUUUUCCGGACUUGCCGAUUUUAGCUUUGGUUGACUGGAAUCCAGCCGGAUUAGCUAUUCUCUGCACCUUCAAGUUCGGGAGUAUAGGAAUGGGCCUGGAGGCAUAUAGAUAUGCUUGCAACGUGAAAUGGUUGGGACUUCGAGGAGAUGAUCUGGAGAUGAUACCUGAACAAUCCCUGGUUCCAUUGAAGCCAAGGGACCUGCAAAUUGCUAAAAGUUUGUUGUCCUCGGAAGUCUUGCAGGAGAACUAUAGACGAGAGCUGGAAAUAAUGGUUCAGCAUGGUCACAGAGUAGAAAUCGAAGCUCUGUACUUCCAUGGAUAUGAUUAUUUAGGGAAAUACAUAGCAAAGAAAAUCGUACAAGCCAAUUACAUCUAACAAUGGUCCCUGAUGGGUAUAGAAAAAAUAUUGUUCAAGGAAAUGGUGGCGAUAGAAGUAUGCGAGAGCAUAGCUAUCAUGUAACGUACGUGUAAUCAGCACUAGCUGUUGGGCGGUUUCGGCUGUGGGCCGUGGCGAGAGAAGAGAGAGACCACGAUGUACAAAACGAUUGCA